UGGAGGUCGGCCAUUAAGAGAAGCACCAAGAUGCACUUACAUGCUAAUGCACUCUGAGAAAGCUCCAUGCGACCCGUACUAGCAUUUCUGCACGCCAAUAAAUGUGAAAACAACCCCUAGGCGGAUGACCACCUUCCGUCUAAAAGUUCAUAUCUGGUGCAGCGAGUUGGAUGAAGGGAGCAGAAUGGCUAGCCAGUCCACAUCACAUGAUCAAGGGCUCUUGCAUCAUCACAUCCUUGAAUCCUUCCUUCUUCCACGCAUUUCAAUAUCCUCGUACGCUCCCACCUCCCAAAUAUGCCAAGCUAGCAUAGCAUCAUCUAAAUUUGUUAGAAUAAACGGCAGGAAAAGAAGAGGGGACGAGUUCAUCACUUCGUGCGUUGGUUCGUCCGAGGAGGGAAGAAGGCAGCGUAUCAGGCUGAGAGAUGCAGACUCCGGCGAAGGCUGGCCGGCUCACUCGGAGCCUGGCAGCCCCCUGCAUGCCUGUCAGCGGCGGCGUGUUCAUCCUCAUCGCCGCCAUCGUCGCCGGCGCUUUCGUCUCCGACUACUGGAUGUCUGCCAGCGCCAGAGUUGCUUCGAUCAUCCCAGUGCCCGCUGCAGCCAUGGCACACAAUGCGGCAACGAGUCCGGAGCCGGUGCCAAGCCCGACACGCUUCACUGCCCUGGGCGCGAACCGGACACCGUCGGAGCCUGCCGGUCUGGCGCCCCUUCCUCCGCAGCAGCCACCUGCUCCGGCGCCGGAAUCCGCAGAACCACCGACACCGACGACGUGUCCGGUUUACUUCCGGUGGAUCCACGAAGACCUGCGGCCAUGGCGAGCCACGGGGAUCACGCGCGAGGCGUUGGAAGGCGCCCGCCGGUACGGCGCCAAGUUCCGGGUCACGGUGCUCUCCGGGCGGCUCUACGUGGCGCGCUACGGGCGGUGCUUCCAGACGCGGGACGUGUUCACGCAGUGGGGCAUCCUGCAGCUGCUCCGCCGCUACGCCGGCCGCGUCCCCGACCUCGACCUCAUGUUCGACUGCCAGGACCUGCCGGUCGUCAACGCCGGCGACCACGGCAGCCACACGCCGCCGCCGCCGCCGCUGUUCCGGUACUGCGGCAGCGAGCCCACGCUGGACAUCGCCUUCCCGGACUGGUCCUUCUGGGGCCGGAGCUCAACAUAAAGCCAUGGGAAGCGCUGAGAAGGGAGAUCAAGGAGGCCAAUGCCGCGCUGGACUGGACGCGCAGGGCGCCGUACGCGUACUGGAAGGGGAACCCGGCGGUGGCCGCGGCGCGCCGGGAGCUCCUCAAGUGCAACGUGUCCGGCAAGCGUGACUGGAACGCCCGGAUCUAUGCGCAGGACUGGAGAACGGAGGUACGGGGCGGGUUCAGGGAGUCGGACUUGGCCAAGCAGUGCACGCACAGGUACAAGAUGUACGUGGAAGGGCGCGGGUGGUCGGUGAGCGAGAAGUACAUCCUGGCGUGCGACUCCGUGGCGCUCGUCGUUCGCCCGAGGUUCCACGACUUCUUCUCCAGGGGGCUCGUGCCGCUGCAGCACUACUGGCCCGUCCGCGGUGACCGCGGCCAGUGCCGGUCCAUCAAGUUCGCCGUGGACUGGGGCAACUCGCACCCGCACAAGGCGCGGGAAAUAGGAGAGAACGCGAGCAGGUUCGUGCAGGAGGAGCUGACCAUGGACCGUGUGUACGACUACAUGUACCACCUUCUGAGCGAGUACGCCAGGCUGCUGCGGUACACGCCGACGGUGCCCGGCGGAGCCGUGGAGGUCACCGCGCGGUCCAUGGCGCGCGGAAGGCGGGGGCUGGAAAGGGAGUUCAUGGUGGGCACGGCGGUGGACGCUCCCGGCAGCGCGGAACCGUGCGAGCUGCCGUCGCCUUUCGGGCCCGAGGAGCUGGAGGCGCUGCGGAGGAGGAACGCCGAUGCGGUGAGGCGGGUGGAGACGUGGGAGGAGCGGUGAGAACUGACGAAGGAUGGAGAGAAGAGUCAGAGGAUGGCGUACGUGUUCCGAGUUUCUCACAUGCGCAUUGGAGCCACCAUAGUGCAAUCGGAGUGGUGUAAAUGGCAGGGAAACACGAUGAUGAGAACAGUAAAAUGGGAAUGCAGAGAAUGCAGUGCGCUAGCGAUCUUCCGUAGCGUUGGUGCCGUGCGGCGGUACCAAAGUGCGUCCUGGAAGAUAUCGUUGGGUUAUUGGUAUGCUUCGCCUGUCAGCCGUGGAAGUGAUGAAGCAGUUGAUCCACGGUGUCCGUACUCGUCACUCGGACUGUGUCCCGAGGAGAUCUUUUUGUAGCAUGUCUUUUUGACCUUGUGGCAACGGUAUUCGGUUCCACGUUGCGUUCGCACGGCAAAGCAGAGAAAAAUUGACUAUGCAUUCCACUGAA